AACACGAGAUAUGAAUAAGAAACACAUCUCUUAAUAAUAUUAGAAAUGUUGAGGUUAGUAAAAAAAAAAAAGUUUUCUAAGAAGAAGUCAGGAUUUUAAACUUUGAAAGUCGAUUAUUUUUUACUAUUUUCUACAAAGGUUUUCCCGUUGUAAAGAUAAAAAGUUGAGAAGCCAAAGUAUUUAUUCACGCCAAGCAAAAAACCUGAAAAUGCAGUAUAUAUUCGUAUGUAGCUAUCUUCUUGUGUUUUUGAGAGCGUUCGAAACACGAAUAUCUCGAACAAAUCGUCCUUCUGUUGAGUUGGUCGUUCACACAGAAGCUGAUCCUAUGAUGGCGUCUGGAUAUAAGUUCAAAGGCGUCCUAGCAAGCUCGAGAAAAUCAAUUUACACAUAUGGGAGAUUGUUCCAGCUCAAUGACAUUUGUACUCCACCUCGCCUUCGUAAUCGUUCUUCACAAGGAUGGAUUGCUUUUAUUGAGAUUUCAAAGCAACACAAAUGUCAUUCUUCUGUUAGACGCAUAGUAAAGAUGGCGUCACGAAGAGGCGCAAAAGCUGUCAUCUUUGAUAUGACGGGAAACAUCUCCUUAAAAAGAAAGUUACAACAUUCACAUCAGAAAUUUGAUGAGCCUGUGGUCAUACUAGCCAAACGCACUUCCAAGAAAAUUGUAAAACUUUUGAAAAGAAAAAAGAAACCGUUUAUUAAAAUUACAACUCUAGAGAGAAAUCUUCUAACGAAAAACGAAAGCAAAGAAGAUAAAGACAAUUAUUUAGAUAUGGCCAUCUUUAUGGCUUUCUUUAUCAUCAUUUCCUUACUCUGCUUACUCUUGAUCAUCAAGAUAAGAUGCAGACAUCGGAGAAAAAAGAUCUCAAUGACUCGCCAUGCUGUGAAAGCUUUACAGGAGAUGGAGGUAAAGACGUGUCAUUACGAAAUCGAGAACAAUAACGAUGAAAUAAAGCAGUGUGCGUUUGAUAUGAAUAAUUGUACAAUAUGUUUGGAAGAACUUCAUCAGAAUGGAAAGGAUAUUCGAGUGUUGCCAUGCCAACACGAGUAUCACAAACAGUGCAUCGAUCCUUGGCUAAUCGAGAACUUUACUUGUCCGCUGUGCAUGUACACUAUUGUGGAUUCUAAAAAGAAAAAGUGCAAGUUGCAACGCCGGAGAAAUUUGCUACAAACACUCCUAUUCAGAAGACCUGAUGCCACCAAUGAAACAACAAGCCCAGAAACUUCACAAAACUUACUUGUACAUACAGAAACUUCUACAAGAAGCAUCCCUCAGGGUAGGGAAAAAAACGAUGUAUAUUUUAUGCAUCCAUGCAAAGAACAAUCAGUUCCUGAAUCGUACAGAUUUCGUUGGUGUCCAAGGCACGCUAAGAAACACUCGUGUAGAAACGAUUCUUCCAGUGAGAACGAAACUCUUCAAGAGACACAUAAAUGUUUAAAAAGUCAAACAAUACUACAAAGUAGUUCGGAAGAUGUUUGUGAAAAGAACAGAAAUGAUAGUGAAGCAGACAGCUAACGAAAAGUCUUUUGUAUAAUUUUUACUACCUUCUUUGAUAACAGAAGAUACCUACCAUCCUUCUGCGCA